AUGGGGAGCCACGAGCUCCAGCCGUCUGUGUGCGCCAUGAAAUCCGCCGAGCACGAGCGCGCGAUUCUGCGGGCGCGCGAGCCCCUUUCGGACCCCUCGGAACCGGACAGCGGCAGCGAGAGCUCGUCGGAGAAGUGGGCGGAGGGCGCGGGCGGCCGCGCGCGUUCCGUCUCCCUCUCGGUGCCCGGGCGCGACGGUGGUCCUGGAGGUGGUCCCGGAGGAGGUCCCAGGCUCAGGCUGGUCGGGGUGAGCAAGCAGCGGCAGGCGGCGAACGCGCGCGAGCGGGACCGCACUCACAGCGUGAACACGGCGUUCAGCGCCCUGCGCACCCUCAUACCCACAGAACCCGCAGACCGCAAGCUGUCCAAGAUCGAGACCCUGCGCCUCGCCUCCAGCUACAUCGCGCACCUCGCCAACGUGCUGCUGCUCGCCGACAGCGGAGGAGACGGACCGCCGUGCACGCGACACCGAGAGGCCCUCGUGCACGGAGGCGGAGGCGGGAGCGCGCUCAGACCCAUCUGUACCUUCUGCCUCGGAAAUCAGAGGAGAAUGAGUUUCGUGUUUCUCCGCAGCUCUAACACACCUGUCCUGAGAGCUGAUGUGUGGAGUCAGAUGCGAGCCGAGAUAAUGCAGGUGUGUGAGAGCCCUCGUCCUGCUCCAGCAGCUCCAUGUUUACAUUUAAAGACUUUCUCUUCACCUCAUUACGGACAGAACUACAAGAAACUUGUAUAUUUUAUUUCUAAAAACGAGGACAGGAGGAAGAAGGGAAAAAAAACACCUGAUAAGAUGCACUCACCCCCCACCUUUACAAACGUGUGUGUGUGUGUUUGCCCUUGUGUUUCUUGGUGAAUGUAACUGGAGCUGUGUGUGUAAAAGCAGCACCUGGCAGUAGGUUAUUUCAGAAGCCUGGAUGAGCCGCUCCUUAAAAAACACCACCACGUGUGUGUGUGUGUGUGUGUGUGUGUGUGUCCUCAUGUGUCACAUGACAGUAACCCAAACCUGUGUCUGCUGCAGUGGUUGCUGUCAGUAGUCUAUAGUGAUUUGGGUUGCCAUAUUGGACACUUUUACACCCAGGCAACAGGUCAGGAGUUAAUUCCAACCCAUUGUGCUGUUUC